AUGUUUCGCGCUGCUUUGUGUAACAGUAGGCGAAGUUACCUAAAUGCCUUCAAUGCGAAGGCCAAGGCUCGUCCAAAUUUCGGUCUUCGGGGCGUUGGGUUUUGGACAAGCGAGGUUUACCACAAGCCGGGGCAGAAUUAUUGGAUGGCUCUUUGUGUCAGUGGCCCAUUUUUGAUUAUUGGCGCUAUUAUGCUUGAUGGAUUUUGGGCCAAACUGGAUGAUAUUGCUGGUGGUGGCCCAAGUCACCUUGACUACGGAUGGCGGAAAGAGGACAGAAAGCCGUGGGAUUUUGCCUUCGAUAUUGGUGAGGGCUAUGCAGCUGGCCCGGCAACCCUCAGGCCGGCACCAGGUGCCGUAGAGCUAGGACAUCAUUAG